AUGGCGUUCGCUUUAUUGUUCAAUCGUCGUACAAGAGAAUAUUAUCGACUGGAUGGUUGUCGUCGUUCAAAAUGCAAACCACCAAAAUUGGGUGUGGUCCCCUUCUUUUCACAUAUAAGUCAGUAUCAGCUACCAUCAGGUGUCGAUUUGAGACCAAUGUUAAAUCAAAUUGAACAAAACCGAACAACUGGUUCAUCCGUUGGAAAUGCACUGGCAGCUAUCUACGAGUAUUUUUAUGUAAGAACACAUCAUCAACGAAAAGCGUUUAGCCGAUUAUUUAUAUAUUAUAAUGCUCGACGUUUAGAAGAUGAAUGUUCUACUCAAGACACACUUCGUCAUGCAACAGAAUCAGAUUCAGGUGCCGAUAUCCAGUUUAGUAUUGCUAGUCUUGUUCAGUUCGGGUGUUGUGAUGAAAGUUUGUGGCCAUAUGAAAAUAGUUGGGUCAAUGUGAAACCAUUAGACAAAGCAUAUCAAGGUGCCAAACCGUAUGUUGUACAAGAGUGUUCAAGGCUGUCAAACGACAUUAUUGAAUUAAAAGAAUGUCUUGCUCAAGGUUAUCCAUUUGUGAUUGCAAUAAAAAUUUUCAAUUCUUUCGCUGCCAAUCAUCAUGGUUUUGUUCCGAUGCCAAAAAUAAAUGAGAAAAUGUCCAUUUAUCGUCACGCUGUUGUUUGUGUUGGGUACAUUGAUGAACAGAAUGUGUUUAUAAUACGAAAUUCACACGGAGAACAAUGGGGUGCUGGUGGAUAUGGGUUUUUACCGUAUGAAUAUGUUGCUGAUACGGAAUUAACAAAAGAUCUAUGGACAAUCAAAUCGAUAACAAAUAUGACUCGUUUAAAUAUUCAUCAAGGUCAAGCGACAUGGAUUCAAUCAUUAUCCCAUUCAGCGUCACAACACCGAAUGGCUCGAGAAUUAAUAAAUGAUAAACAAGAUUGGGAUAUGGUCUACAAGGCGCAAGAUGGACAAGAAAUAAACACUAAUCGCGAAAAUUUUAAGUAUAAGCUUGGUAGAACCCCAAGAAUUCAGUCAGCUGACGUAUUUCGCUAUUCAAAUUUAAGAGAAGAACAGAAUGUACCUCAUCAUUAUCGGAAUCACAAAGUUAAACAAACUUCUCCAAGUCCUGCACGAGACAAUCAACAUCAUUCUCGUAGAAGUAGCAGCAGUUCCUAUCGGCGACGUACACAUCGUUCAAGAGAGAGACAACAUCGCCAUCGACGACAUUCACGUGAAACUCCAUUUGUUCCUGAUCAACAACAUCGCCAUCGACGACAUUCACGUGAAACUCCAUUUGUUCCUGAUCAACAACAUCGCCAUCGACGACAUUCACGUGAGACUCCAUUUGUUCCUGGUCAGCAAUAUCGCCUCCAACGACAUGCACGUGAAACUUCAUUUGUUCCUGAUCAACAACGUCACCUCCAACGACAUUCACGUGAAACUCCAUUUGUUCCUGAUCAACAACGUCACCUCCAACGACAUUCACGUGAAACUCCAUUUGUUCCUGGUCAACAAUCUUCAUUUGUUCCCAAUCAACACUCUCCAUUUGUUCCUGGUCAACAACCUUCAUUUGCUCCCAAUCAGCACUCUCCAUUUGUUCCUGGUCCACAACCUUCAUUUACUCCCAAUCAGCACUCUCCAUUUGUUCCGGGUCAACAACCUUCAUUUGUUCCUGAACAACAACCUUCAUUUGCUCCCAAUCAGCGCUCUCCAUUUGUUCCUGAACAACAACCUUCAUUUGCUCCCAAUCAGCACUCUCCAUUUGUUCCUGAACAACAACCUUCAUUUGCUUCUGGUCCACCGUUUGGUCAAAUAUUUGAAUUCCAGCUGGAAUCUAACAUGGGAACGAUGAGCAAUAUGGUACCGUUUCAAAUGGACUCAACGACAUUCCUUACUCCAACGAUGAAUUCACCUAUUAUGAAUAAUCCGUUUGUUGGAAAUCAACCGUCUGUCGGUGUUUUCAACAAUCCGUUCGCUCCCGUUUUUUAUACUUCUUUUUGA